AUGGAUCCACGGCAGCCGCCCAAGCUUCCCUUCCAGCCGUCGCCCUACGCACGCUCUCCUUUCCCGCAUCCUCCUCCGACAUCAUCAUCAACACCAUCCAUCGCCGCCGCGUCCACCGCAAACGUCGCUCACAACGCUCACAACGGCGUCGUCGCCCCGAACUCGGCUGCCUACGCUUCGCCCUCGCCGUCGGCCCUCUCGACGCCGUCUCUCCCCGCGCACGCGUCCCAGUCCCACACCCAGUGCCUGAGCCCCAGCCGGAGCCCUGCGUAUGCCGCCCAUAACCCGCUCCAGCGUCGACCCUCCGAUACCCCCUUCCAUUCCUCGGCUGCACGCCCGUUCCAGCAAGACUCUGGCCACGCGCGCAUCCAGAGCUCGUCCUCGCUUCCGUCGCUUCGAGACCUAAAUCGCGCGAUGCCGCCGCCAAACUCGCCUCCUCAACCGGGGGCGCCACUACCGCCUGGCCAGCAGUCGCACGGCAUGAUGGGCUACGGGCCUCCUCCGCCUAGAGCGCCUCCCGUGGCCGUCGGUCCUCCCAUGUCGUUUCCCUCCGGUCGAGAGCUCCCGGCCUUGAACUCAAUUGCGCGAACCAACAGCGGUGGCAGCACCAUGUCGAUAUCAGCGAUGCUGGGCGGUCCACCGCCGGCGCUUCGAGACUCGCAACCUCCCCCGUCGCACUACCCUCCUCACUCAGCGGCGCCUGGUUCGGGGCCAGCCUUUGCGCCUGCUAUGCACGCCUCGCCUAGAAUGCACUCGGCCGCCGCAGACUAUCCUCCCUUCCGACGACCGCAAACGCCCGAUCACCAGAGACCAUACGAUCCUCGAGCCUCGCCACAAGGCCACUACUCGACCCCCGAAGUCCAGCGUUAUGGUACACCGUCGGCAUAUCAUUCGCGCCAUCACUCAAGCUCGGCCGACCCUGGCAGGUUGCCUUCCGGCCCGCCCCCCAGGCCGAGCAGUCAACCCAAGGCGUACCCAGGAAUGCCUCCUAGGUCCAUGGAGAUGGUUCGAGGUCCCGGUCCUGACGAAGGUUAUGGACGGCGGGAUGAGAUGGGCCGUCCCGCGCCCGGCCCCCCAGUGGAUUACAACCCUGAGAGAACAGGUCUACGACCCUUCCCCUACGACGACCGGUACAGGGCAGAGCGCGAACGAGGAGAGGCAGAGCAACGGGAACGAGAAAGGAGGGAUCGAGCUUACUCAGGUAGCGAUUCAGGCCGGCACCCUAUGCACCACGAAUAUGGUCAUCGCGAACCUCCAAGGAACCCGCCCCAGUAUGGCCGUCCACCUGACGCGCGCGACCCCCGCGACAUUCGCGACCCACGAGAUCCCAGAGACCCACGAGAUCCUCGAGACCUGCGGGAUCCUCGAGACCAGCGAGACCCUCGAGACCAGCGAGACCCUCGAGAUCCUAGAGAUCCUAGAGACCCCCGAGAUCCUCGAGACCCGCGAGAUCCGCGAGAUGCUUGGGGACGCCAGGGACCUGAUCCAACUUACAGAGCACCCAUGGAUCAUCAGCGACCACACCCAGAAUACCCUCCUGCCACCGGGCCGUAUCCACCUCACGGACCUGCUUACCAAACUGCGCCCCCCGAUCGAUACCCCCCAGUAUCCCAUUCUCAACCUUUGCAGAAUCCGCCUGCCGCUCCUCCGCAUCCCUAUGACUCCCCCGAUCGACUUCGAGUAAGCCUGAUCCAUCCGCUGCAACAACAGCAGCAGCAACAGCAACAGCAACAGCAGCAGCAACAACAUCAACAACAACAGCAUCAACAACCUCAACCCCCCCAACACCGACAGCGCCCGAGUGAGGAAGCACCACCACCACCGUCAAUCGCGUAUAAUGGGGCUCAAGGCCCGGCCCAGUUCGAACCCCCUCGACAUCGAAAUGAAGACCCCUCGGCACCCAACGGCCACCAACGGAACCUGCUGGCCAUUCAGGAGAUGAACCGCAAGGGCCGGAUCUCUCCACUUCCUCAAGCGGUGCAAGGCGCACAAUUGCAGCAACCUGGACCGGCCGGUGAACCUGGAAUUAAGAGCGAGUUCGGUCGAAUGUUUGCUGGUAUUGGAAAUGGACUCAUGGGUGUGUCGGGCCCGAUCUCAGCUGGCGCCACCAUGCCGUUUACGAACGCGUCGCUUGCGAAGCGGGAGGAUGCGGAUACCACGACGCCCGAUUCAGGCACAGAGAUUGUUGGAAAACCCGCCAAAGGUAGGAGGAGGAAGCUGAAGGAAGAAGACAAGGCGGAUGAUGACAGUAGUGGGAGGCUCACACCCACGGGUCGGACAAAGAGGCCCAAGACGCACUCCCAUCACCAUCAUCACUAUCGUGUCCCCCACCAUCAUCACCACCCCGAGGGGUCUGCCCCAGCUGGAGGAGCUACGCCAUUCAAUAACCAGAAGGGAGGGGCGCCUGGGGGACCUUCACCUACCGACAAGAAUGUCGGUGUUCCUCACCAUCAUCAUGGGCCCCGGCCAGGGCAUCCACAUGCCGCCGCUGCAAAGCCUGCGCAAAACGCCGCGCCAGUCAUCCCCCCGAAGCCCAGGACGAUUGUAACCUCCAAGGCAGUGCUCGAUUCUGUGGCUACCCGUCCUCGUCACCAUUUGGGAGAUUUCAUUUACGAGCCGGGGCUCAAGGCCGGCAGGCUAAUCCCUAGCACCUCCACUCAUCGAUCAUUUGCUUCCAACCCCAAGCCUCUGCCAUGGGACAUGAUCAAGGACAAGGAAAACUGCACUUUAACAAUCAAGGUCGCGCGCAUCCACCUGUCUCCCGUAUCCCGCGAGGAAAUCACUUCUCGCGGCUUCCUCUGGGGAACCGACGUGUACACGGAUGACUCUGAUGUGGUGGCUGCUUGUAUACACAGUGGAUGGAUCAAGGGCGAGUGGACUGAGGACGUGGACAGUUCACUAUUGGACCUCGACCAGGGAACGACGGAAGGCAAACGACGCAAGAAUAAGAACCUGGCCGCCACUGUUGACCUGGAAUCCGAGGGCCUUAUCACAUCAGCACCGGCUGGUGGCCCUAUGUCGAUCCCCCCUCAGCGCGACUUGCACAUCAACAUUUUGAUCCUCCCGCGACUUCUUAGGUACUCGGCGUCAACGCGGUACGGAAUUUCGAGUCGAGAAUUCGGCGGAGAGUACGGUACUCGCCACACGGUCCACGACGGAAUCAGCUACAUGAUCAACAGUGUGCGAUGGGUUGAGAAUGGAGCGCAACCGCAGGCUAGGCUCCGCGGUAAAGCCCGAAGAGAACGCAUGCGCAAGGCUAUGUGGGAAGUCAAGGGAAGUCUGGAGAAUAUCAGCGGCCAGGAGCGCGAAAAGGAGAAGGAGCGAAUCGGACGUCUGAGAGGCGAGAUAUCCGGCAGCUGGUGGACGAAAGACCGCGAAGGAAGCGAACAAAAGAACAGCAGCGGCGAACAGGGUCCCUCGAGCGAAGGGGACAAGGAAAACCGGUCAGCGGAUGCGGACCCAAAGUCACCACUCACGAAGGAGAUCAACGAGGUACAGGACAAGGACGUUCAAAUGGCGGACACGGACACGCCCGAGGAGACCGGGAAGGGAGACCAGUGA